GGUCAGAGUGAUAGACCUUGCAACCAGCAUAGGAAACACCAUACUGAAGCGGGACAACUUCAGACCUGACACGCCCAUUGUACUGGAGAAUUUGAAACCCAACAGAAACUACCAGGUCAUUGUCGACGCACUGGCCAGACAUGGAGCUGAGUUGCUCACUGCCAUUGCCAACUUUACCACAGCAGGCCCUGGACAGUACGGCUCUCCAGUUUCCACACAUUCUGACACCUCAUCACCACAGAUUGGAGCAACAACACAACCAACAAGAAGAACACCACCAACAGCAGCUCCGAAAACUUUGCCUACUAGACCAGCAACUGACGGAACCACAACAGAGCAACCACUCUUUUUUGUCACCACAGGCUUUGAGUUUGCGGUCACCACAGUGGAAGAGCCAGAGAACCAUGAUUAUGUUAUGACCACAAAAAUUCCAACUAAAACCCCAUACAGUGUUGAUAUAAGAUGGACAGUUGACCAGGGGCCUCUUGAGAACAUCAAAAACUUUUUAGUGACCAUCAAAGGAGAGAGGGGAAAUACACUUCUGGAGCAGACUCUGCCAGAGAACCAGAGGUAUAUAACAAUCCAAUCCCUCAAUCCAAACACAAAAUUUUUUGUCAACGUGAAAGCCAACGGGGCGCAGGGUUCUUUAGUGGAGUCUGAGGUAUCCUUUCAGACCGAUCCUGCUGAUGCCACACCAGAUACAACUAAUCCAGUUUUAGAAUUAGAAGCCAAUGAGGUAAGAGCCCACAACACAAGAAUUGAUUGGACGCUUGUCAAUGUUGAACCAAACCUGGUGAAAAAUUACAAGAUGAGAGUUUUAGACAGUGGCCCAGAUGGAUUCAACUUGCUGACUCAGACAAUGCCCCCCAGCUCACAGUCACUCAGCCUGCAACAGCUACAACCCAACAAGCGGUAUCACGUGAUUCUGGAAGCCCUGGCCGCAGACAGUAGUGUGUUGAUGACAGCAUCCUUGACUUUUCAGACCCCAUCAGAGAACAGAUAUGGGCGUCCAGUCCGGGCUUCUUCCAGAGACAGACAACAGACCAGACAAGUCCCCGAACAAUUGUCCAGAAGUCAGGCAUCACAGCAAGGGUCACCUAGAGGGACAGAUGACACCUCAAGUGCAGAUCCCACGUUGGAGUUGAGGAUUCAACCGUUAGGCCAAUCCUCAUCUCAGCUGGCCUGGGCUAUACAGAACAUGCCAGUUGGGCUGGUUGAUGGCUAUGUCCUGAAAUUUAAGAGAAAUGGACCUCAAGGAGAUGUCAUUUUGCAGAUGAACCUGACACUCUAUGAGACUAUCUUCAAGGUGGAUGGCUUGGUCAGCAAUAAACAGUACUUUGUGGAACUGGAUGCUGUGUCUAAAAGUGGGUCACCAGUUGUGUCUGCCAGCACUGUCUACCAACCUGGCACAACUGUGGCCCCAAUUCGUGUGACCCUGAAACAGUCUGACAGAAGUCUGUCUCAGACACAAUUACAGGAAGGUGACAGUCAACGUGAUGAUGAUGACAAUUCCAAACCUGAAAUUGACCUGGAGCUGAACCCAGCUGGCCUGAACCAGGUGAAGGUUAACUGGACCGUGACCAAAGACAACAGAAGGAGGCCUAUUGCUCUCUACAAGAUCAAAGUCUACAAAGAUGGACCUGAGGGUUCUUUACUGCUAGAAGAUCAGCUAAACCUGGGUGUGGUUUCUUACACAGUCAGCGACCUGAUGGCCGACAUACGCUACUACAUCCACCUGGAUGCACUGGAUAAGUAUGGCAGUGUUAUAGAGUAUGUUGGAUACACAUUUCUAGUCCCACCUCCUGGACAUGCAGUGGAACCUAUCCGAACGUCAUCUGUGUUCAACAAGGAGAGAGCAGUGACCACAGUCAAGCCCAGGGAGCCACAAGAAUCACCCGAGGGUCAAGAACUGGUCAUCCUAGCUGUGGAGGCUCAAGACCCUAACACCAUGCUUGUUGAGUGGACGUCUGUCCAGACAGGUGUGGGAAAACGUCCACAAGAAACCAUUGUCCGCUAUGCAGAGUUCGCUGGCAAUGUUCGGGGAAAUUUCAA